AGCAUCCUAAAAAAUAUAUACAAUUCCCACUGUCGAAGCGAGUGUGGAAAAUAUAUAACAAAUGCUUUGAGCUCGAUUAGCUUGAAGGCACGAUUCGAGCUGAGAUGGAAUUCGUGAGAAAUUGAAUUGUAAAAGAGCAACUGAUGUGAAAAGUUUGAUGUUGAAAUUUGCCUGAUUUGACCUGCAGUUUGUUGUGUGCUAAUGAGGAGAUCCGAGUGAAUUUCUUUCUGUGGAUAGUUACUGGUGGAGGGAAUCGUAAUUGCCUAGAAGGAUGGAGUUGAUGGGGUAUGAGGGUCGCCGCAACAUCAAGCCGGGGGACAUAUUUAGAGCCCAUUUGGCCGCAUCUGCGGGAUCUGGCGCAUCGGGAACUGAAGUUCCUGAAGUCGACGAAGUCCUUGCUGCGAGUGUAAGAAUUGAACGAGGUAGGCGCAAGGCUUCUGCAGACCCAGAAUGUGCUGCAGAUGGAAUGCUGCACGGUCAUGAAUCGUUUUUCUCUGGAGAUUUGAGGGUACCUUAUCACUGGGGAGUCAGUCUUCCAAGAUUCUCCUCAAGGCACGUAGAUUCUUCCAAGGGAAAUAUGCAUACGUUGCAGAGCGAUGUAAUGGACGCAAUCCACAAUGCCCUUUCUAAAGAGGCCCUUAUCAAGAAGUUGGUCAUGCCAUUUAAUGACAACUGCUUUGACAGCAAGCAUGCAGUCUCUCAAUGGGAGUGGCAGAAAAAUAGUGCCCUGUUAGAGCUUGAACAUCGAAACCAACAACUUCAAUCCCGACUAAAUGAUGCAGCCAACCAGGUUAUGGAGGCACACACUCGAGCUGAAUACGACAGGAAACUUCUAGAGGAAGCUCUUCAGAAAGGAAAAGAAGAACUCUACUUGAUUGGAAGAGCAGAGACCAUGAGAACACGUCUCAUUGAAAGAACACAAAUCAUUGCGAGAAGUCAGCUACUUUGCACAUUUUUAUUCUCCUGGUGGCGAUACAUCGAACUUUGCAGAAAGAAAAGGACUCUUAAGAAAGCAGAAAGUUACUGGCAACGACUUACGUUGAUUCGAAGAUUCGACCGAUUUAUAGCUGGAUGUAAGCAAAUCAGAAAUAAGCAGCAACUCAGUUUUCAAGCAAGGCGUCAUUGGUUUCGAAAGUGUUUUAAGGGUUGGUGGAUGAGGAGUCAGUGGAAAGAGAAGCUGAAGAAAACAGGCAAACAGCUACUCGAACUUUGCACUUCAUCCCGGUUGAGAACUGGAUUUCAAGGAUGGCAGGAGUUUUCUAAGAGUUCUAUUUAUAAGAAACUACAGCUGAAAAGAGCCCGGAAGCUCAAUGGACAGAAAUCUUUGCAAAAAUCCUGGACACAGUGGAACAUAUGUGUCGAGGAAGCCAGAGACCAAAUUGUUGGGUCAGGAGUUUUUUGCGUCAAGAAAUUGGUUAGUACUUGUGUCAAGAAGUGGCGGACGGUAGUUCUUAGGAAGAAGAGACAUAUCCAGCAGAUGACACUGGGCAUUCAGCUCAGAGAAUCGAAGGCACUGCUUGUUGGUUUUGAGAUCUGGCACAGGAAGAUAAGGACAGUGCAUGUUGUCAAGGAUCGAAUGGCCUAUUUUGGGAAGCGCAGAAGAACAAGGUUGCUACAACUUUUACUAACCAAGUGGCAUCAACAUGUUCUUCGGACAUGGUAUUUGAGGACUAUCGAAAAGCUGCUAGCAAUGAAGGCGAAAAUAUGGUAUCUAAGAUGGGGUUUCUCACAGAUAAAGCAUCGCUGGGUUAUAGGGAACCUGGUUGAAGAAGGUCGAUCCCAGCGAAGAUUGCUGCUAAGGUCAGCCCUUUUCCAUUACUGGAAAUCUACAGUGAAAUUCUGGAAGGCUGCAAAAGAGAAAGUGGCUCAAGUUCAAAAGAGCACCGCACGGAGACGUUUGCAAAGAUUCUUCUACCACUGGACUGUAUAUGUUGCAGAUAGAAGGAGGUCCUCUGCUGUACAAGAAGCUCACAAGCUAGAGGUCAUGGUCAAGGUUUUGGAGAUCGAUCUGAAAGGAGCAGACCUCGUGCAACGUGAGAUGGAUAAGCUGGUGCUCGAACUAGAAAAUGGAAGGAGGAAAAUCAUCAAUUCUGCGGAGGCCGCUUUGGCAAGAAAUCCUGUAUGGACAUCUGGCUUUCUCGAUGUUCUGCUUCGAUGGACAACUCCUCUAUUGUCGUGGUUUCCUUCUGCUCGUGCUGGCCACACGGCAGUUUCUCUCCCGAAGAAGAUUGGUUCAGAAAUAUGUUCUCGUCUUGUCGUGUUUGGAGGUUUUGACGGGGAAGAAUAUUUCAAUGACGUUAUCCUUUUCGAGACAGAUGAAAUGGUGUGGAAGACUGCUGCAUCGUCAGCUGCAGAGGGAUGUGUUGUACCUAGUCCUAGACAAACGCACACAGCUUGUCCGGUUGGAGAUCAAAAGAUGAUAAUAUUCGGAGGAUUCGAUGGAACGAAAGAUUUCUCAGACGUGUCUGUUCUAAAUAUCUCUGAAGAUGAGUCGUGUCAGUGGUCUCAACCUGCCAGCGUCCACGGUGCCAAACCAGGUCCUGUCUGUCAACACACCAGUUGUCUGUACGAGAAUGGACCAUAUAUGGUGGUUUUCGGGGGUUACAGAUCGUCCGUAGGCCUGCUCAACGAACUGUGGUUUCUGGAUGUCCAUUGGAUGUUGUGGAGCUCGCCAGAGUAUUUUGGCACACCACCCGUUCCUCGUCGGGGUCAUGGUGCAGCAAUCAUCGGAACCAAGAUGUUCGUCUUUGGUGGCUUCAAUGGAUCAGAGAAUUUGGCUGACCUCCACUUUCUAGAUUUUGACUCGAUGACAUGGAACAAUGUCGAAGUUCAAGGAGAAGUUCCGUCUCCAAGAAGGCAGUUCGCGGUUGCUAUUGUCGGUCAGCAUUUUGUCUUGCACGGAGGAUUCGAUGGGCAAAAGUAUCUUGGAGAUGUCUUCAGUUUUCAUACCAUUCACAAGAGAUGGAAUAAGUGGCCGGAGAAAGAGACUCAGCUUUCACUGCAAGACAUUGGUCAAGGAGGGGAGGCACACGGACGGUCCAUGCAUACUAUGGUGGAAUCCGGGCAACGUCUUGUGAUUUUUGGGGGAGUGCAUGAAUGGGGAGCAUUGCAAGACAUUCUUUUCAUAGAGAAUGCAUCAGCUAUUGAAGGAUUGCAUCUGCAGAAAAGCUUACUAGAAGAGCUGGAGAAGGCCAAAAUGCUGCAUGUAAAAAUGGCUGAAUGUGAAGAUGCUGUGAGGACGAAAAAUAGAGAAUUGAUCAAAUCUCAAGAAGAUAUAGAAGAGUUGCGUACCACUUUGAAGGUGGAAUCAGAUAAAAGGAAGAAAGCAGUGCAAGGGCAUCAUGUCUUGUCCAAGAAGCUUCAAAAAGCUCGCAACACUUCGGAUUAUUUAUCUCAAAAAUACAAGAGGCUGAGAAAGGAAACGGAACAAUGGCGGAAGCAGUCUACAAUGCAUGUGGGUACCCUUCAGCAGGCUUCUGAAACAUAGUCAGACUUUUACGGACAUUAAAUAUUGUAUUGUAAGUCAGUAAAAAUAACAUUUAGUCCUAGAAGACUUGUCUUACUUUUGCAGAGGUAAACGCUUGAAAUACUUGAGCUGCUCUCGAUUCAUACAAUGAGUUUCAUGUUAUAC